AUGCUUUUCCAUAUGAUCCGCCUUCCAAAGUUUGGAAUAAUGAACCCUGAUUCUUACUGUGAGCGGAUGUGUUCUCUGAUGAGACGAAGCGGAAGGGCCCAGCUGAUUGUAUGGGACCGUUCUGGUCGUCAUCCCGUUGAUCCAGGGAUUGAAUCUGCUGCGGAAAUGUUUAGGGGUUUGGAAAUUGGCAACAAGUACAGUAUGAAAAAGAGCACUAAUCAACGUAAGCCUGUCUUGUAUAUAUGGGCAAGCAGAGGGAAAUGCGCUCCGUAUGCCGUGCCUAGAAGGAUCCGUCCAUCUAAAAGUACUGAAGAUACGUACUCGGUAAUGCAAGAGGUCCGACUACGAGGUGUUGUCGAUGCUGCAAGCCUGAGAUUGUGCUUGAUGAGGUGA